GUAAGCAUGUAUGUGAGCGGGGUGUUCUAUAUAAACAAACCAGGAUGAGUUGUGUGUUAGUGGUAACAUGGUGAUGCACUGGUCAACAGCUUUACUUUAUAAAACAGCACGUGCAUUACAUUUAUCUUCAACUGGUCUACAGAUCGCUAUGCAUACGUGGGGGGAGUUGGUGGUGCUAUGCACAAUCCUUACAACAACUUUUGUCACAGAUGGGACAAAACCAGUUCUGUGUGGGACGUCAAUUUGUGGGCAUGAAGCGUCUUGCAAUGGGAUUUGCGUGUGUAAAAAGGGCUACACAGGGAAAAUAAUCCCGCGUUAUCCUACUCCUGUGGUCUGGUGCCAAAAAAAAUGUGCUGGCAAUGAGCAGAUAUGUCCCCUUAAUACCACGUGCCUAACGCACACAAGUGGACCAGCCUCGUGUGAAUGUUCACAGGGGUUUCUGAUGGAUACAUUUGGUCAAUGUUUAGACGCCGACGAAUGUUCAGACAACCCGGGUAUCUGUGGUAACCACUCCACGUGCACUAACACAGUGGGCAACUACACGUGUCGGUGUCAUGAAGGAUACGUUGAUGUUGAUGGAACCGGACGUUUCUGUGAGAAAGAUUUUAGAUAA